CUCGCCAACAAAACUAUCAGCGCAGACACAAACAUGGCGCCUGCCUCCGCCGACAACUUCAGGUGAAAGUGUGGCGAAGAAAGUGGCCCGCAAAGUUUUCUGAAGGAGUGCUUUAUUCUUGCGCCGUCCGGGUGUAGCACGUCUCCAUUUGCACACACAGAAAUACGGAAUAUAUCAAGCGGGUAAAAACAGCAAGUUGCCUUCAUGUCAACAUUGUCUCUCGCUGCAGUGUAAACAGCUGGUACGUCCAGCCAUGAUUGAGGACAAGGGUCACCGUGUGACUGACUACUUUGUGGUGGCCGGGCUGACAGACAAGUCCACGCCAUUGGAGCAGGACCUGUCAGAGACCAAGUCCAGCGGGCCCAAAGCGCCCAUCACUGACCUUGCCGUCAUUAACAGGUCGGCUGGGGAAACAGUGCCUGAGGGCUUCACCUGCAUCGACAGCACCUACAGCGGCCAGCCAGCCAACCUUAAUCAUGGCAGUCUGAAGAGCCCCGAGCUCUUUCUGUGUUACAGAAGAGCUCGAGGGAAGGCUCCUCUCAUUGACAUUGGUGUGCUGUACGAGGGUAAGGAGCGUUUGAUCCAGGGCUGCGAGGUCAUCCAGGCCACGCCGUACGGCCGCUGCGCCAAUGUCAACAACAGCUCUGCCACCUCGCAGCGCAUCUUCAUCACCUUCCGCCGCGCGCCACCCGUCCAGCCUCAGAAUUCCCUGGCAGUGACGGACAUCUGUGUCAUCGUCACCAACAAAGGCGAGACGCCACCACAUACCUUUUGCAAGGUGGACAAGAACCUCAACUGUGGCAUGUGGGGCUCAAGCGUGUUUCUGUGUUAUAAGAAGUCAGUAUCUGCGUCCAAUUCUAUCAGUUACAAAGCUGGUCUCAUCUUUCGUUACCCAGAGGAGGACUAUGAGUCUUUUCCAUUGUCAGAGUCUGUGCCUCUGUUUUGUCUGCCCAUGGGCGCCAAGAUCGAAUGUUGGGCACCAAACACACGUGACCCUCUGCCUGUCUUCUCCACGUUCGUCUUAACCAUCUCUUCUGGUGAAAAGGUGUAUGGAUCAGCCAUCCAGUUCUAUGAACCAUACCAAGUGGAUCUUUUGAGUGAGAAGCAGAAGAUCCAGCUCGGCCUGCUCACCACAGUGGAGAAAAAGAUGAUCCCAAACCGGCCUGUAAACACCAAUAAAUGCAUCUGCCUCCUCUCCCGCUGGCCCUUCUUUGAGUCCUUCCGCAAGUUCUUAAUGUUCCUCUACAAGCUGUCCGUCUCAGGCCCGCACCCACUGCCUAUUGAAAAGCACAUCUCGCACUUCAUGCACAGUGUGUCAUUUCCUUCUCCUCAAAGGCCUAGAAUCUUGGUCCAGCUCUCAGCACAUGACACGUUGAUCCUCUCCCAGCCUGUGUGUACACCUUUACCCCUCAGUGGGGCGGACUACAGCACUCUGCUGAUGAAUCUGGGCUCAGAGAACUGCGCCACGGUGCUGCACUUUGUACUGCUGGAGAGCAAGAUCCUGUUGCACUCGCUGAGGCCCGCUGUGCUCACUGGAGUGGCCGAGGCUGUGGUGGCUAUGAUCUUCCCCUUCCAGUGGCAGUGUCCAUACAUCCCCCUGUGCCCGCUCUCUCUAGCAGGCGUCCUCAAUGCCCCAUGUCCGUUUAUAGUUGGUGUGGACUCCCGCUACUUCGACCUUUACGACCCCCCACCAGAUGUUGUCUGUGUGGAUCUGGACACCAACACUAUCUACCUGUCUGAUGAGAAGAGACACAGCAACUGGAAGAACCUCCCAAAGAAACCCUGCAAGAGCCUCAUUAACUCACUAAGCAACUUGCACCACCAGCUGGCCACAGUUUCAGUGCGUCAAACCACACAAGAAGAGUCAGCAGUGGACAUGACCCCCAUCGAGGCAGACUUCACAUGGCACAAGAAGAAGACGGCCCUGGAGAUGGAAAUCCAGGAAGCGUUCCUUCGCUUCAUGGCAUCCAUCCUGAAGGGCUACCGCUCCUACCUCAAACCCAUCACCGAGGCACCAUCUGAGAAGGCCACGGCAGCAGACUCUCUUUAUGACCUGCAAGGGUUUCUAAAAAGCAGAGACCGUGCCCACCAGAAGUUCUACUCCCAGCUCACCAAGACCCAGAUCUUCAUCCGCUUCAUCGAGGAGUGCACCUUUGUCAGUGACAAGGACACGGGUUUGGCCUUUUUUGACGACUGCGUCGAGAAGCUUUUUCCCUCUGAUAAAAUCACCGACAAGGGCACAAAGGUUGAAGGAGAAUCAUCUGAGGAUACGAGACUGUUGGAGCUGGACGAGUCCCAGAAGAGUGAGCACACCGUCUUUGUCAUGCCUCCUGAACCUCCAGUUGAAAGCGGAUCUGAACCCUCUGCCAGAUACACCUAUAAAAGUUUCCCCAGGCUGCAGAUGGAGCUAUUUGACCGUCCCAGGGAGUUACGGCCAGCAAUUAGCACCAGAGCAGCAGGGGCCAGUCUGUCCAGCAGCCCUGCACUACUGGCUAAGAGGACAAAGCAGGAAAUCAAGCUAGCAUACAAAAUGGCGAAGCGUUUCUACUCCAACCCUCAGCUGUGGUCCCGUUGUCUGUUCAGUCACUGCUACAGCCUGUGGUUCAUCUGCCUGCCAGCAGGUGUAAGACUGGCCAAGUCUAAAAGCAGAGCCAUGCAUCAGGCAUACAACGUCCUCUUAAAGAUGAGGACCACUGAGGUGGAGGUGCUGGAUGAGGUGUGUUACAGAGUGGUGAUGCAGCUCUGUGGUGUUUGGGGUCUUCCUGUCAUGGCUGUGCGAGUCCUGGUUGAGAUGAAGAAAGCUGGAGUUCAUCCCAAUGCCAUCACAUAUGGCUACUACAACAAGGCGGUCUUAGAAAGCCCCUGGCCCAGCCGAAACCGCAGCGGCCAAUUUAUGUGGACCAAGCUUCGUAAUGUGCUGCGUGGAGUGGGCCAGUUCAAGCAAGCUCUAGACCGUACAUCUUCCAAAAAGGAACCAGCAAAUUCUACCACAGCUGCAUCAAUAGGUGGGUCAUCAGUCACUGACGCUGACCGUUUGAGUCAUGGAAGUGCAGACAGCUCAAAUGAAGUCAACGGUGAGGAACAUAACCUAUUUGCCCACAGCCACAACAUGGGAGACUCAACAGACAACCACUGUAGUACAGGCAGACAGUAUGAUCAAGGCUACGGCUCCAAGGAUGAGUUACAUCAGGAGCUGGCAGAGCCUUCACACGUCCUUUCCACUGACAACACAAACACUGUCAAAGCACAACGUAAUGGAGGUGACAUUUCCAGCUCAGUGGACAGUGCGGUAGCUGUAGCAGAGCCCCCAAGUCCUGUUGAUGUGCCCUCGCCUGUUCCUAGUAUUGUGAAGCUGUCCACAGGGAGCUUUGAUGCUGGCAGGGAAACAGGUGCAGGAAAGCUGUUCAGGAGGCAGAGCAACAAUGAAGAUGUGUCUCUACCUGAUGAUAAUGCUUCAGUGGCUUCUGUGGAUGUAGCUAACAAGCCUCAACAGCAGCGGCAGAAAGCCUUUGCUGAACGCAGCUGUAGCUUCAGCGCUGAAACCCGAGCUGGAAUGCUUUUGGAGAAAGGCGUGGACCACAUGGCCAGCCAGAUGGGCGCUGAUGCCCGUAUUCUGACUGCAGCGCUCUCUGCAGGUCAAAGUCCAACAUCUAACAUUGUGCCCAAAGCACUUUUUAAAGACCUGGAAGAAGAACCAGAAGACGAUCAGGGCUUGACACUGGGGAAGCUGUCAGAGGAAGUACCAGAAGAAGGAAAGGGACUUGAUAAAGAGGCGAAGGAGAAUGAGGUGAAAAUAGAGAAACGAGAGAGGAAGAUGACUGAAACACAGGAUGAUGAGUCUGGAGUGCGGGGAGUGACCCUCGAGAGGGCGGAUGUGGAGGCGGGUGCCGAUCCGCUCUCUAUCCUGGUUUCAGAGACUGAAGAGUCUGCCUCAGUUAACAGCCAGGAGCCUCCACGCACCGUGCCUGCUGUAGUGUCCCGCAACCUGGCAGAGGAAAUUGAAAUGUACAUGAGUCUUAAACACCCCAUGGGUGCUAAGUCCUCCAGCAUGGAGCUCCAGCAGGCACAGGGAGACUCCAUUGACGCCCCACAGCCCAAACAGACCAUAGAGCGGCGGUCCAGCCUCCCUGUGCCUCCUGUUAAAACUCCAAUUGGCUCCCCAGGAGACACACCCAAACGCAGCCCCAGCACCGUCACUCGCUCCAAGACGUUUGCCGUAAAGACAAAGACAUCAGGCAGCACAUCGGCUAGCCCAGGUCCUAGAUCGUCCUCACUGACGGCGCUGGUCAAGUCCUCCCAGGGAGGGUCGCUGGGCUCCGUCAUUAACACCAUUUCAGGCAUCAAGAUGGACACCCUGUUGUCUGGGCCUAAAAUUGAUGUGCUUAAGUCAAGCAUGAAGCAGGCAGCAAAUGUCGCUAGCAAAGUGUGGGGGGCAGUUGCUUCAGCAUACGCCUACUCAGAUGAUGAGGAUGAACAAGGUCAGGGUGGCUGUGGCUUCCCAGCCCAUCUGGAUGAACACAUGCUGGCAGCACAUGACAUCGACGACAGUCCUGAUAGAGGAGCCAUCCCAGGGUUGGUGGCCAACGGACUGAACCAGAGCUGCACCAGCCUGGGCAGUAGCAGUGGCAGCAGCGACACAGGCCGAGGGACACACCAGACACAUCCAACUCCGGGGCGAGCAGGCAGGGGUCCUGACUCUGAGCAAGGCUCCUCACUUCAUGCCUCCUCCUCCAGCAUCUACCAGAACUGUGCACUGGAGGUGCUGAUGUCCAGUUGCUCUCAGUGCCGCUCCUGUGAAGCGCUGGUGUACGAUGAAGAGAUCAUGGCAGGUUGGACAGCCGACGACUCCAAUCUCAAUACCAACUGUCCUUUCUGUCGCACAGCCUUCCUUCCCUUGUUGCACAUUGAGUUUCAUGACUUGCGGACGAUGACCGGGUUCUAUAUGAAUCCCAGUGCCUCAGGAGACAGUAUCCACAGCACCAGUACCCAGCCCACCCCUACCAGUUCGGCUGACAUUAAGACGCCAGACCUUAUCUGUUUCCCUGAAGAGGAAUCAAGGGAGACUACAGAUAAUAAUGCUGGAGCACAAAAUAGUCUGAUUCCAGAGCCAGUGCAGUCGGACCCCCUGGGUCUACUGGAGCACCAGGCUGCAGGGAAGCAGCAGAAAGGUAGUGGGACGUCACUGACACGCAGCAACAGUGUUGGAGGCCCACUGCAGAGCCUGGACUCCUCCCAGAGACCUGGUCAUGGUGUCUCAACUACCAGCCUGCCCUGCAGCCUGCAGGAAGUGUCGGAUGGAAUGGGAACCAAACGACCAAACCCCAAGCCUGUGUCCGUACCGUACCUCAGCCCUUUGGUGCUGCGCAAGGAGCUGGAGACCCUACUGGAGAAUGAGGGAGAUCAGGUGAUCUACACCCACAAAUUCCUCAGCCAGCACCCCAUCAUCUUCUGGAACCUGGUGUUGUAUUUCCGCCGCCUUGACCUGCCAACUCACCUGCCUGGACUCAUCCUCAACUCUGAACACUGCAACAACGGAGUGCAGCUGCCCCUGACGUCGUUGUCCCAGGACAGUAAGCAGGUGUACGUCCAGCUCCUGUGGGACAACAUCAACCUGCACAAGGAACCGGAAGAACCCCUCUACCUACUCUGGAGGACCUUUAUGGAAAAGAAGGGGACAUUGGCUCCAACAGACCAUCAGGAGAUUCGUACGCUUCUCAACACAAUUGUUCGCAACAUCCAGACCAACGACGUCUACGGGCCAAUCAACUUGCUGAUCCGAGAGAUCAAACAGCGCCCUGAGGGGGUCAAACGUCAGAGGAGUAUUUAUAGGGAAAUAUUAUUCCUCUCACUGGUGGCUUUGGGACGGGAGAACAUCGACGUAGAGGCUUUUGACAGGGAGUACCGCCAGGCCUACGAUGAACUUAGUGCAGAGCAACUCAAGUGGCUGCACCGCAUGGAUCGCCCGCCCAGCCCCAGCAUCCAGUGGUGCCUUAAAUGCUUUGGACCCCUUGUUAUCUGACCCACACUGAGAAGCAAAAUCUGAAGAAUUAAGUGCAACAGCAGGAGGAAAGGGGAGCAUCCAGGAUAGGUGGUGGGCUGGGAGUGUGAGCAAAAUGUGAUUUAAACACCUCCAAACACCCAAACAUGGUACUUCUUCCCCUUUUUUGAAGACGUCUGUCUGCUUUUUUUAUUUUUACAACCUUAUGCUCAUCAUAGAUUUUCCAAGCAGCACCUGCAAGUGGAACUGUCUCUGGAAACCGAUUGGAACGCUGUAGUGAAUUUUUGGGGACUGGUUGAGGUGUGUUUCUUCACAGAUGGUGUAUAGAAUGAUUCUUCCCUGUACAGAAUGUAUUGACUGCCCCUAAAGUGUAGACACACAGUAUCUGUUUGUGUUUGUGUGUGUGUGUGUGUGUGUGUGUGUGUGUGUGUGUGUGUGUGUGUGUGUGUGUGUUUGUGUGUGUCAAUUCCCAGUCUUGUAGCCUUUUGCCACUUUGCUUAAAUCUGUCUAACUCUCCUUAGAUUAGAUCAGUCUGAGUGGGUUGAGUAGUGGACCGUGUACAGACUCUGACUGUUCUUUGUGCAAUUUCUAAAAAAAAUCCACCGCCUGUCUUUUUGUAUAUAUUUUUUACUUGGUGGGGGAGGAUCUGAAACCAGGGUUGCCUAUUUUUUUGAGGCAACAAGUCUCAACGCUUUUCGUCUUAAUGAAUGUUCAGGUCUGUUUGUUUUUCAUUGUAAAUGUGCAAGUACAGAGUGGGGGCCCUCUGUUUUUGUGUAAAUAUGUUGGCAGCAUGCGUGUAAAUGGGAGAGGACCGAGGUCAUGGACAAUCACUAAUUAUCACAACAUUCCAGACGCCCCACAAUCAGAACAGGUCUUGAUCAGAAGUAUUGAUCUCUGUAUUAACACUCUAACGCAUGUUUAAAACCAGACAUAUGGAGGGAGAGAUCUUUAUUUUUAAAAAUCAAUUGGAAGUGAAAAUGUGUGCCACACUACUGAAAAGCAACCAUUCCCACACCUUAAAAUAAGACCCAUGUUCUCUUGCAGGGAAAGACAAACCACAGUCCAACUUGUGUUUUUAAUAUCUACAUUUUUAACAGUAGCAUACCGCGCAUGUUCAGCUAAUAAUACGCCUUAUAGUCGUGUUCAAUUACAUCUGUAUUUCACAUUAAUCACAGAAUAUCAUAGUGGACUUGUGGCAUAGAAUAAACCAUUAAGGUUUGUUUUUUUAAAUCGGGUGUAUUAUUUGCUUACAAGAUCGCUCUUAUGGUUUACAGACUAGCUUUGAAUAAUAGUGUUAGCGUUUAGAGCUGUAUGCUACAAAGAGCUUUUUCAGAACUGCUGAUCAAUGUCAAGGAAGACACAUUUUGAAAAACACGACAUUCCUCUUAAUGAAACACAGGAAGAAAAAAAAAAGCUAAUUGCUGUAAUGAACUGUUGAGAAAUGAGUGGUAAUGGUUACUUUGUAGACUUGGGAGAGUGACUUGUACAGAUGAGAUAAUGUUGUAAAAUAUUCAAUUUGCACUGCUUGGAUUAAAACCUGAUCGUAACCCAGGGUGAGGACGAGAUAAAACCGCCUCAGAAUAUUAACAACAAAUAAUAGUUUUCCCUCCAAAACAACAAGAAAUUAUCAAUUAUUUAUUUUUGUAUUAUUGACAUUCGGAUUGCAGAAAGUGUAGUGAAGUAGCAUUUUUAUCACUAACAAUCCUUUUAAUGUGUCUUAAGGGAUUCUACCCUAUACUGACUUUGUACAUGUAUCUCCUUAUGGCAGAGGAUGUACAGAAGAGACUAUUCUUUAACAACACAUAUAAGUGAUCUCUUACCGUCCUGUGGAAAGGAAUUGAAUGUCUACACAGAUGUGCGCUGCAAUAAAUGAGUUUGUGACCUGAUUGAAAA